CAUCCUGAGAGGGAUGCACUAGACUGCACUGCAUUUCCUCACUCUGUUAGUGACACAGUCUACAGCAGGCUACUAGAGUAACAAGGAAAGAGAACUAUACGGGUUACUCAAAAUGGACAAAAUACAGUUGACUUUUCCCUGUCUGACUGUCCUUUUGGGUCUCGUCCUGGCUUCUACCACCACAGCCCAGACACAGCCAGUCAAUCCCACUGUAACCCAGCCCACCUCAGCCUCCAACCCAGCCAACAACACAGCCACUCUAGGACAUACCACGGCUGUAGGCAACAAUAAUUUAACAUUAUCCACCAUAACCCCAAGCCUUCUUGAUCUCAUUUUUGAUAACGUCCCUAUAACCAAUUCCACCGGGAGGCCUAACCACACGGUAACCACACCACUGAAGACCAGUUCAGAUGCCUCUCCAGGACCGACAUCCUGGCCCUCACCAAUGGACGUCUCUACAUCAAAGGCCCCAGCAGAGGCCAGCAGCACAACUGCUAGCACUUCUGCUACUAGCACCACCGAGAAUAGAGGUUUGACGGGAACUGCUCAACCAAAACCCUCUGCGAGAAAAUCGCCCCACAUUGGAUUGAUCAUCUUUAUUGUGAUCAUCAUCGCUGCCUGUGUGCUUGGAGCAGCAUGCUUCUUCACAAAGAAGGCAUCAAGGAGGUACUCCGUAGAUCUCCGAGACAGGCAUGAGGAUCUGCCUCUGAGUACUGCGGAUCCCGACGCCGUGUUUGACAACUCCUCAACACAGAAGGGGAUGGACACCUUUACCGCCGUGGAUCUCAACAGCACCGAGGUCCUGGUUAAGGGAAGUGAGGGAGAAAGAGCAGAUAGUGAGAAAAUCUCUGACUACCCACCGCCUGCCAGCCCUGUGGACAAACCUGAUGAUGGGGCCCCUGGAGAUGUGGCCCCUGAGGCCCCAGCGGGGGAGACUGAUGACGAGAACACUGUCUCCAAUAAGACCUUAGUGGAGUCAGUGGAGGCCAACGAGAGCAACAACAACAACACCAGCAUCACCGCUAGGAUCGCUUCAACAACUCCAAGAGGACGGGCCAUAACCAGCAGCUUCUCUGAGGUUCCUCUGGACAACCCGGCCUAAAAGAGAUUCUUCUUUAUCUGCAGCCCCUUCACAACCACGGCUGAAGAAAAAACGUGAAGUAAAAGGUCAAGUCAUCGGAAACGCCUGAAAACAAAGUAUUUCUUUCAAUUCAUGUUAUAUAGGCUAGUUGAUUAAGUUUGUUUUCUCUGUCUAUAAACAAUUUAGCUAAGAAGAUAGCAGUGUUGGUUCAUGAUCCAGGGGAAAUUAAAGUGAUACUGUGAUAUAGCUUCGCUAUGACAGAAAGAAACAGCUGGGAGAGGUGUAAUAGGAAGUAUGUCUUUAGGGAGAAACAGCUGGGAGAGGUGUAAUAGGAAGCAUGUCUUUAGGGAGAAACAGCUGGGAGAGGUGUAAUAGGAAGCAUGUCUUUAGGGAGAAACAGCUGGGAGAGGUGUAAUAGGAAGUAUGUCUUUAGGGAGAAACAGCUGGGAGAGGUGUAAUAGGAAGUAUGUCUUUAGGGAGAAACAGCUGGGAGAGGUGUAAUAGGAAGCAUGUCUUUAGGGAGAAACAGCUGGGAGAGGUGUAAUAGGAAGCAUGUCUUUAGGGAGAAACAGCUGGGAGAGGUGUAAUAGGAAGUAUGUCUUUAGGGAGAAACAGCUGGGAGAGGUGUAAUAGGAAGUAUGUCUUUAGGGAGAAACAGCUGGGAGAGGUGUAAUAGGAAGCAUGUCUUUAGGGAGAAACAGCUGGGAGAGGUGUAAUAGGAAGUAUGUCUUUAGGGAGAAACAGCUGGGAGAGGUGUAAUAGGAAGUAUGUCUUUAGGGAGAAACAGCUGGGAGAGGUGUAAUAGGAAGCAUGUCUUUAGGGAGAAACAGCUGGGAGAGGUGUAAUAGGAAGCAUGUCUUUAGGGAGAAACAGCUGGGAGAGGUGUAAUAGGAAGCAUGUCUUUAGGGAGAAACAGCUGGGAGAGGUGUAAUAGGAAGCAUGUCUUUAGGGAGAAACAGCUGGGAGAGGUGGGACAUGGGCAACAACUGCAAACUAUUUCCAUUAAAGGAUAGUUUAUCCUCUUUCUACACACUCAUUCACAAACAUCCCAAUGUAGUGUGUCACAAUAUACCUCCUUUUUUAAGUCUGAAAUCUUGACACAAAUAAAAUGUAAAAAGCUAAGUUGUCUAGAAGAAGUUUCAAUAAAUAAUGCUCUGUCUAGAACACCUGUUUCUCUUUGUACCUUUUUAAUAAAUCUAUCAAAAACAUCUGCA